AACUUGCCCACUAGUCAUGAAACCUUGAUGACUGCUUCGUCAGUGACACUAUGUGGCACACAUUACAAGCCAGGUUCUUACAUAGUGCUUGGUGGGGACCAGUACAACCUGCAGUUCGGCCAGCUUCUGCAUAUUGUGGUAGAGUCUGGCCAUGAGGCAACUCCAUUACUUCUUGUGAAAAAAGCAGCGUCUGCAUUCCUCCCAAACUUCAGGCUCUACAAGUUGAUGGAAUUGGAAGUGGAAGAGCUACAGUUGUUGUCUUCCUCUCAGCUGAUGGACAUACAUGCAUAUGUCCCGUACAGACUCCUCAACUGUCUUGUGAUCAGGCUGCGGAGUUCACUAUUGUUCGACGAUUUUGAAGAUGAUAGUCAAGAUCUGGAGCCUUGAUAAAACAAUAAAGAAACUGGCAGUGGUUGCCACUUUCGACGCCAUAAAGAAAAAGGCCAUAGAGUUCGGUAUAUGCUGCAAUGGAGACAU